AUGACAAAAUCCUUUUACAGAAAAACACUAGAUAUAGAGAAAUACAAUCCCACAAAAUUUCAGAGAUUAUUCUCUCCUGAGGAGCUGUUUGUUGAGGUUGGUGACCUGAAACGUUAUGGAGUGCAUUAUGAUAGAAGUGGCAGAUCAAAGGGAACAGCAGAUGUAGUCUUUUCACGAAGACAGGAUGCUGUGGCGGCUGUUAAAAGAUACAACAAUGUAAUGCUUGAUGGGAAACCGAUGAAGAUAGAGAUCGUAGGAACAAACAUUGCAACACCUGGUGCACCUUCCGCUAUGCCACCCGCUGCAAAUGGCGCUUUUAGAAAUUCAAAUGGUGGAGCUCCCCGAGGGUAUGUCUUAUGUCCCACUGUUAACUUGAGGUUUUGAUUUGUUG